AACGAUGCGUGAGUGCCUGUUGUCUCUCUUGUAGUUGGAGGUAACCUGAUUCCCAAGGCGACAGUUGCCAUUGCAAAACUCUCAUUCAGUGCUCUGCCUUGUCAUAGUUUAAUCUUUAACCAGCAUUAGUACAGAUGUAUUUAAUGGCCUCUUGAUUUUUGUCAUUAUUAUUUGUUUAACUAAUAACUUAUUAACCUGGAAUCUGAGGAGCAAAGAAAGUUGAAGAUUUUUUUUUUGAUGAAGACCAAAAUUUUAUGCAUGAGCAGGACGGAUCUCACCUGCAAAAUGAAACUUCCAACCAUAGCCUCCACACCAGUUAGUCUUCCUUCACCCUCAUCUCCAGCCAGACAGUCUCACCUGACAGGCACCUCAGUGACAUUUCCCCUGAUAACUGAAUGUGCCAUAUGGUCGAGCAAACGACCUAUUCCACGACUGGACCCUUUGCAUCCACCUUUUGUCCAAAAACGGACUGUGAGCUUGGAGACACCAGCUGUUCACUACCACAACCACCAGAGGGCUUUGAUAAUGCAGAGGAAAGAGCAUUACAGGUUUCAUCAAGUAUGGCGAAAACCCUUUUAUGGAACCAGCAGUGAAAGAGAGGAGUACAGGAAAGAUAUCCGUAAUCACUUAAAAAAGCAGAUGGAAGAUAAAAGUGUAGCCCUGAAGCUUCAGUUUACAAACAGAGCGAAAGAAGCGGAGUACCUGUGUGAAAUGGAUCGCAUAGAUUUGUCCAAAGAAAAAGAGCAAAGGAUUAUGCACAGAGCGUCUAUGACGGCAUAUAGGGACGAGAACAAGCGGCUAAUGGAGCAGGGCUGGAGGGACAGAGCACUAACACGUUCCCAGGAGGCUCUGAAGGAGAGAGAGCUGCUGCGCCUCAACCCUAUUAACUGGAGUGGCACACUGAAAUAGGCUUCACUUUCAGACUGGAAACAUCUGAUGUCUUACUAAAUGUGAAAUUCAGUAUUUGGUAUGUUUGCCCUUUAUUUUUGAGAGAUUGUUGGUCAUGAUAUAAAGGUUUGCGGUUGAAUUGCAAAAACUGUGACAACAAGCAUUUU